GGACAGAUGGGAGGUUAUCCUCCUCAAGGACAAAUGGGUGGCUAUCCACCUCAAGGCCAAAUGGGAGGCUACGCUCCUCAAGGUCCUAUGGGCCAACCUGGACAUGUUGGCCCUGUUCCUCCUGGACAAAUGGGUUAUCCACCAAGAGGCCCGAUGGGCUGUAUUCCUCCAGGAUCAAUGGGGGGUUACCCUCACCACGGUCAACCUAGUACACAGAUAGCCCUAAGUAGGCUGAAAUUAGAAAUCUUAUUAUUUCUCCAAUCCCAUUUCAAUCGAAAUAUUGCAUUUACUCUUUUUUUAGUGAACCCCUACUAUCUGGGACGUCCCACUGUUCAGCCGUCUACAGACUUUAAUGCAAGCGACGACUCUCAAGCCCUUUAUAAGGCAAUGAAGGGACUUGGCACCAACGAAUCCGCCAUUAUUAAAAUUCUCUCAAAACGUACCUUCGAACAACGAAAAGAAAUCGCUCAAAGCUUCAAGUCUUCAUUCGGCAAGGAUCUUGAUAAAAGUUUAAUGAGUGAAAUUUCCGGGAAGUUCGAACGUGUGGUUCUCUUGAGCCUCAAAGGGCUUCCUGGUUUAUUGGCCAGCUCAAUGAGCGCUGCAAUCAAAGGUGCUGGAACAAACGAAACAAUCCUCCUUCAGUGCAUCAUACCAUUCCAAAACGCCAUAAUUAAAGAAACUGCCCAAGUUUACGACAGAACUACUGGCCACAAGCUAGAAGCCGACAUACGCAAUGAUACUAGUGGCGAUUUCCAGAAGAUUCUGAUUGCCAUGAUACAGGGCACUCGAGAUGAAAGCACAAAUGUCGAUUUAAAUAUGGUCAAUGCUGAUGCUCAAAGACUCUAUAAGGCCGGUGAGGGCAAAGUUGGUACUGAGGAGGCUGUUUUCACUCAAAUUUUUGCUCAAAGAAGCUUCGCGCAUAUUAAAGCUCUCUCUCAAGUCUACGAGCAACAAUUCAAGACCCCACUCGUAAAGGCCAUCAAAAAGGAAACCUCCAGCGAUUAUGAAGACGCGCUAGUCGCAAUCGGUAAGAUGGUAUUUGACGUCCCGUUGAAUGUCCAUCUCUACGUGUAUUGUUUCGAAGGAGCAUUCUUUACAUUAAUGUACACAUUAACUGCAGUUAAAUUCGCUGAGGACAAAACCGCUCUUCUUGCUGAAUGGCUCUACACGUCAAUGCGCGGAGCUGGAACUGAUGACGAAUCUCUCAUUUUGCUAGUCUAUCUAGCUGAGGACAAGUACAAUUAG